UAAUAGUUUUGUGCAUUAUUUAAUGUCUAAAUUGUUUUUAUGGUCCCAGUGUACAGAGGUCCCAGUGUACAGAGGUCCCAGUGUACAGAGGUUCCACUGCAACUAUAAUGAAAAGCACUAAAGUGCAAACCCUCGGCGAACUGCGCAUGCGCGGUACCGCUAAUUGAUGGGCUGGGCUAUUUGUAGUAUGCGUUUACUCGUGGUCUCCCGCUAGAGUAGUCUGACACGGGCUAGCCAC